GGCUAUCAUGAGGCUCCCAGCCCCAGAAGGACUCAGGAGACCUUGACAAUCCUUCAGAAGACACCAUCUCCCCAGAGAUGCUGCAGGAGAUGCUAUGGCUUUUCCGAAGAGAAGAUCCAUCUGCAUGGAAUUACUCUAUCCUGGGCCUUUCCAUUGUCGUUCUGCUCAUUGGUGUUGUGCUCCUGGGAGCAAAUAUUAGGGCCAACAGAAACCACAAGGUCCUUUUCCCACACAAAGAAGGCUAUGAAGACACCCCGCUGGAUGAAGAAGAAGCGAAGCAGGCGUUCGUGUUGCUAAACAAAGAGAAUCCGGAUCGAGCUGAAGACAAUUUGCUUCCCAAAACACCAAUCUUGGGAGACGUGAUGGUACGCUGGAAGGAUGGGAAAACAUCACCCCUCUAUGCUGAUGCCAACGAAGCAGAAGCAUAGCACCUAAUAAUAUUCAUAUUUUGGCUUUUUUGAAACCCGGGAGGAUUUCUGGACUAUUGACAUUUUUUGUACCGCGGGUCUCAAAGCCAAAUUCAUUAAGUGGAAUCAAAAAGCCAGCAAAAAACAAAACCCUACUGCCUUUGAGUUGCAGAAG